UGACCGGAAAAGUGCAAGAAAAUAGGGUAAAGACAUCUGGAAGCUCUAUAAACACCCUCAGCUUGUGUAGAGAUAUAUAUAUAUAUCUAUAUCUUUAUCGUGUAUAAAUACACCAUAAUAGUUGGAGAGGUCAGCAAUAAUGGAAGCCACGUUAGAGCACCAUCUGGACGACACAAUGAAGAACCCAGCGAUAGUUGGAGUUCUGUGCACAGACCAACUAGGACACAAUUUGGGCUCACGUGGGUCUCUGUCAGAUGAGCACGCUGGGGUGGUGUCUGUACUGGCCACACAGGCAGUGUCACUGAUGAGGGACCCCACUGAUACCCCCACUGUGUGCCUGGAGUCAGAUUCUGGGAACAUCUUGAUAAAAGCUCAUGGAACCAUCACAGUUGCUGUGCACAAAAUGGUUUUGUAAUGCAACCUCUCUGACCUAUGGCCUUAACAAGAUUAUUGUACAUGUUGGUUCAUCUCUGUUUCAGUUACUAUAUCCUGCACUGAAUUACUUCCUUUUUUGCUCUGAGCUGCAUGAGAAAAUUGUUGAUUUCUAUAGAAAUAAAAGGAGUAUAACUCAGUAACUCUGCUUUUAUAUGUAAGAUCUGGCAUUUAGUAAUGUAACUGAAUAUGUCAUUUGUCCUUUUUGUACAGCAGUGAAAACUGAAAGAUAAACUAUGUACUGAACUUCUACUGUGCCUUUUAUGUUUUAAAAUACUACAAAAAAUGUUUUUAUUACAGCCAAAAAGUACAGACCUUUUAAAGGUAAAACAUGCCUUAUUAUGGAAAAACUUAACUGUGGGUAUUUUGUACUCCAAACAAACCUCUUUCAUGUUUGAACUGAGUGGCCAUAGAAGCUUUUACACAAUGAAGUUAAUUUUUAUGAAGGUAUUUGUUUGUUUUAAGUUUUAAUUAUGCAUAUGCUCCACCUAGAAAAUGUUCCAAAUAUUGUUGACAUUAUGGUUGUAGUGGUAUUACCCUACAUUUAGAAGUAUAAAUGAAUGCAUUUAAACCCACAACUUUGUUGUAUCAAGUCCUCCUCCAUCAGGGGGCAGCAAUGUCAAGUGAAAGAGACUAAAAAGUUAUUCAAUUUCUGCUAGUAUUCAUGAGUCAGUGUGCUGAUUCCAUGGGGCAGUACUCUGUCCCAGGAGUCUGCUUUGCGGGUCAUAUAAAUGAAUCGGAUGCAUUGUUGUUAUUGAUUUGCCAAAUUAUCUCACUGUCAGCAUCUGGUUUUCUCCCUUUACAAAAUCUUGAUCAUACAAAAAGGAGCCACAUAUUCAUGUUGUAACAAAAGAAAAUCAGUUAUAUCUUAGGCAUCUACCAAAUGUUUAUAAGUGUGCGUGUUGCUUAAGUUAUAUGUAUCUUUGUCUAAGCUCUUCACCUUUUCUUGGAGUGCACUUCUGUAUGCCCUGAAUUUGCACUGGAGAAAAGUGUGCGUUACAUAUAGAUCUGAGUGGCACAACUAGUAGCAUUGUUGAGUGGUGCGAAAGCACAUGGGUUCUGCUCAGUCUGUGUGGACUUUGUGUGUUCUUUCCGUGUCUGCCUGGGUUUCCUGCGGGUUCUCCUUUCCUCCCACAGUUUUAAGAGAAGACAGGCUGUUAAGGUGGAUUGGUGGCUAUAAAGUCACUCAGUCUGUGUGUGAGUGUGACAGAGAAAAAGUGUGUUUUACUGGUAGAUGAAUGAGUGACU